UGCUGCGUGAGUAAGAUGGCGGCGGUUACCGGGGAGUGUGUAGCUGCGGGAUAAAGUGUUGCUGGAGGAUCGAGAAGAUCGUGUGUCCUUGUUAUUUUCCCUUCUUUCUCCUUUGAGCGCUUCAGCACUUCUCACGUCCGGUGAGGCACAAGCGGAGAUCAUUGAGUGUUGAGGCCAGCAGCUUCUCCUCCCCUCCCUCCUCCCUGACCCGUGUUUAAAUUCCCCACCGCCGCACCUCCUCCUCGGCCCGGGGCUGAGAUCCGGCGCUUGGCCUCCCGGCCCUGUCUCCGGUUCCGGAUGGACGCGCACGGCAGCAAUGUGCCCGCCUUCCUCACCAAACUGUGGACUUUAAUCGAAGAUCCCGACACCAAUGAGCUCAUCUGCUGGAGUGCGAGUGGGAACAGUUUCCAUGUCUUUGACCAAGGACGUUUCGCAAAGGAAGUGCUCCCAAAAUACUUCAAGCACAAUAAUAUGGCCAGCUUUGUCCGGCAGCUCAACAUGUCAGUUGAAUACAUUCAGAUGGAAGGUGGAUGUGGCUGAGGACGGGGAUGUUCUUGACCCAGAGAGUGAUGGCUUUCGUAAAGUUGUAAACAUUGAGCAAGGUGGGCUUGUGAAACCAGAGAAGGACGAUACAGAGUUUCAGCACAUAUACUUUAUCCGGGGUCAGGAACAUUUACUGGAAAAUAUCAAGAGAAAGGUAACCAGUAUGUCAACUGUAAAGCCAGAAGAGAUAAAAGUCCGGUCAGAUGAUGUCAGUAAAAUUCUAACUGAUGUUCAAAUCAUGAAAGGGAAGCAGGAGAACCUGGACUCCAAACUACUUACCAUGAAGCAUGAAAACGAAGCAUUAUGGCGUGAGGUGGCCAGUCUGCGACAGAAGCACACACAGCAACAGAAAGUCGUGAAUAAGCUGAUUCAGUUCCUGAUUUCACUUGUGCAAUCUAAUAGUGUCAUUGGAGUGAAGAGGAAAAUUCCCCUCAUGUUAAAUGACAGCAGUUCAGCGCAUUCCAUGCCAAAGUACAAUCGUCCAUACUCUUUGGAACCCCUGCAAGAAUCGUCAGCAUUGACGCAGACAUCCACAAAUUUUCCAGGUAACAACUGCUAUUCGUCUGACAACUCUACGUCCUCUGGCCCAAUUAUUUCAGACAUCACAGACCUGGCACAGUGCAACCCCUCACUCUCCCCAUCUCUCAACGUGGAAAGGACUAGCCCUAUGAUCCAUAUUAAAGAAGAGCCUCCAAGUCCUACAACUAACCCAGAGAUCGAGGAGGUCAGUUCUGUUGUCACUGGCCCUGAGGAACCCCUCUCGCCCUCGACCUUCAUCGAUUCUAUUCUGGAGGAUAAUGAGACGAGCACUGCACAACCUCCGCCGGAGGACCGAUGCCUCAGCGUGGCCUGCCUUGACAAUUUGAUUCAAGCCCAGCAGAUGUCAGAGGUCAAUUGUGUUAUCUCCAGUCUUUCCUCCUCUACUCACCCCAGAGCACUGAUAGGAAACGAUAUCUACAAUCACUUGGAUAGAAUUGAUUCGAGUUUGGAUAAUCUCCAGAACUUACUAUCAGGGCAAACUUUCAACAUGGAAUCCAGCACGCUCUUAGACCUUUUCAACCCCUCGCUGUCUGCCAUUGAUUUGAACUUGCCAGAUGUCGAGGGUAACCUAGCAGAAAUGCAGGAUCUGAUGGGCUCACAGGAACAAAAAAGUUCAGAGUCAGAUACAAGUGCUUUGGAUGCAGGAAAACAAGUUGUCCAGUACAGUGCCCCACCUCUGCUAAUGGUAGACACCAACUCCAGCGACACAGGGGACCUCCCCGUCUUAUUUGAACUCGGAGAUUCUCCGUACUUCCCGCCUGAAGACAACCUGAACCUAGAUGCCACAGAUGAUGACCCACUGUCUCUCUUAUCAAACGCCAACCUGUCUCACACACAGGAUCCACCUGUCUCCUAACUCCAGGAGCACCACCCCCUCCACUUUCCUCUACCCCUGCCUCGAUCCAAUCGCUGGACUGCUUGUUCGGGGUACAGCUUUCUGCUCCAGGAGAGGACACAGGAUGAGAGUGAAACUGUAUCUUUAAAUAUUUAAUUUUAACCAGUUUGCUUUUCUAGCCUGAUAAACCCUUAUUGCAAGUAGAGAGCAGCCCGGGUUCAAGCACAGGGAAGUGUGUCAUAGGGAUCCUUCUCCUGUCGGAUCCCAAAUUUCAGUGAUUAAGGACGAGACAAUUGAUUGCAGACUACAGUUUUAUAGUCUUGUUUCUCCCUCCCUCUUUAAGAGACAGAGAGCGGUUAGACUUCCAUUAUCCUAAUAACAGGUUCUAUUGGAGGAAAAUUAGAAACCACUAUAAAUUUUCUCACUGCGUGAAGAAAGACAGUUUUAUUACUUUGAUUCCUGUUUUGCGUUGUCCCUAUUCUGCACCUUCUCUCCCUCCCCCUUGCCUCCACUGUCCUUGUUUUGUAUAUUUACACUUUAAUCCAGUUGCUGAUAAGUGAAGAUGUAUUUUUGAUUCGUAUAUUAAAAAAAGUUUUUUAAAAAAA